GAAAUUGUGGAAAAAGUUCAGAAAGACAUGACCUUCUCAUCAUAAUCCAUCCCACGAGCAAUCGCAGAAGAAAGCUUAUGAAGUGUCAGAAUCGUAAUAAAACGGAACAGAAAGGGUCAAUUUCUCAGAACUCCAAGCACCUCUUUUAUCGGCCUGGUUUUGGACUGAUUCUACUCCUCGAACUCGGCGUGUAGCUUCUGGUUGGUGGGAAAAGGAACAGGGAAGAGGCCGGCGUCGAUACUCAACCCCUUUCCGCCCCCUUCUUCUUCUUCCCUCUUCCCUCUUCCCUCUUCCCCGUUUUGGAACAACCCCUUUUCCCUUUCUUUCCUUCACUUUUCCAUAACGGUUUUACAGCUCCCCCACCCCCUUUGCCAGAACUGUAAACCAAGAAAUUUCCUUCCUGGGGUUGCGCGCUUUGAUUCCUCUGAAGCCCCACAUUGAACCACCUCCUGCUCUUUCUCUCACUUUCGACUGCUGAAUUGGCUUUGCUCGGAGAAGAAGUUGUAUGAAUUUCGCUGGAGGCUUUCGAUCGGGCCAGAAGGCGAUGAACCAUAUGGAAGACGAACAGGAUAGCGAGCUACAAAUUCCAUCUGGUGUCCUUGUCGGCGUAAACUUUAGUGUCUCAACUCAGCAAGAUAUGGAGAAUAUAGCAGUGAUAAACAUUGAGGCAGCCUGCGAGGUGUCUGAUCCUAAGUUGGGACUUCCUAAUCCAUCUUAUCAGUGCACUACAUGUGGUGCGAGCGUUCUCAAAUGUUGUGAAGGUCAUUUUGGGGCUAUCAAAUUUCCGUAUACUAUAAUCCAUCCGUAUUUUCUCUCGGAAGUUGCACAAGUGUUGAAUAAAGUUUGUCCAGGGUGUAAAUCUAUCCGGCGGGAACUAUGGGGCAAGGUUGAGGAUCCCACGUCUGAUUUUCAUCGACCUAAAGGUUGCAGAUAUUGUUUUGGAAGUCUUAAGGAUUGGUACCCGCCUAUGAGGUUUAAGCUUUCAACUACUGAUAUGUUCAGAAAAAGUAUGAUUAUGGUGGAAGUGAAAGAAAACAUGUCGAAGAAGUACCAAAAGAGGGUGGCUAGGGGAGGAUUGCCUCCUGAUUAUUGGAAUUUUAUCCCGAAAGAUGAACAGCAGGAGGAAAGUUAUUGUAGACCGAACAGGAAAGUUCUAACACAUGCUCAGGUCCAUUAUUUGUUGAAAGACAUCGACCCAAAAUUUCUUAAAAAGUUCGUGUCUGCGACAGAUUCAUUGUUUCUAAACUCUUUCCCUGUGACUCCAAACUGUCAUCGUGUGACUGAAAUGACACAUUCAUUUUCAAGUGGACAGCGUUUGGUCUUUGAUGAAAGGACCAGGGCUUACAAGAAGCUGGUUGAUUUCAGAGGGACAGCUAACGAGUUAGGUUCUCGUGUUCUCGAUUGUCUCAAAAUUUCCAAGCUUAGCCCAGAGAAGUUAGAAAGUAAAGAUUUGAUUUACCAGCAAAAGAAAAUUAAGGAUACUGCUACUAGCUCAAAUGGUUUGAGAUGGAUCAAAGAUGUUGUUCUUGGAAAGCGGAGUGACCAUUGUUUCCGCAUGGUUGUUGUUGGUGAUCCAAACAUUGAGUUAAGUGAAAUUGGUAUACCUUGUCAUGUUGCAGAGCGGUUGCAAAUAUCCGAGCAUCUGAGUUCUUGGAAUAUGAAGAAACUAAGCACUUCUUGUUACCUUCGUCUUGUUGAAAAGGGAGAGAUUUUUGUUCGUCGUGAAGGUCGUCUGGUUCGUGUACGUCACGUUCUUGAACUUAGUAUGGGGGAUACUAUAUAUAGGCCCCUAGCUGAUGGGGAUGUUGUAUUGGUUAAUCGACCUCCAUCCAUACAUCAACACUCACUUAUUGCCCUAUCUGUCAGGGUUCUUCCAGUCUCCUCAGUUCUUUCCUUAAACCCACUUUGUUGUUCUCCUUUCCGUGGAGAUUUCGAUGGCGAUUGCCUUCACGGUUAUGUUCCUCAAUCACUUGAGGCCCGAGUGGAGCUUAGAGAGCUGGUUGCACUAGAUAGACAGCUAGUCAAUGGCCAAAGUGGUAGAAAUCUGCUGUCACUUAGUCAUGAUAGUUUAACUGCUGCUCAUUUAAUUAUGGAAGAUGGAGUUUCUUUAAAUCUUUUCCAAAUUCAGCAGUUGCAAAUGUUUGCUUUACAUCAGUUGUUGCCCCCAGCAAUUGUAAAAGCUCCUUCAUUUAGAAGUUGUGCAUGGACAGGAAAACAAUUAUUCAGCAUCUUUCUACCUCCUGAUUUUGAUUAUUCUUCUCCGUCUCAUCGUGUUCACAUUAAAAAUGGAGAACUUCUAUCUUCUGAAGGAUCUUAUUGGCUUCGCGACACUGGCAGAAACCCUUUUCAAGCUCUGAUAGAACAUUGUGAGGGAAGGACCCUGAACUACUUGCACAUCGCUCAAAGAGUUCUUUGUGAAUGGUUAUCAAUGAGGGGAUUGAGUGUUUCACUAUCAGAUUUGUAUCUCUCAGUCGAUUCACACUCACAUAAAAACAUGAUGGAUGAUAUCUUUUGUGGGUUACAAGAAGCGGAGGAAACGUGUAAUUUAAUACAGCUGAUGGUGGAUUCACAUAAAGAUGUCCUUACUGGAGAUGAUGAAGGUAAUCAACACGUGCUAUCUAUCGAAGUGGAGCAUUUAAGUUAUGAGAAGCAGAAAUCUGCUGCUCUAAAUCAAGCUUCGGUUGAUGCUUUCAAGAGAGUUUUCCGUGAGAUACAAAAUCUUGUGUACAAGUAUUCUGGAAAAGACAAUUCACUUUUAACCAUGUUCAAGGCUGGAAGCAAGGGUAAUUUGUUGAAAUUAGUUCAGCAUAGCAUGUGUCUUGGCUUGCAACACUCUUUGGUUACUCUGUCCUUCGGCCUUCCACAUAAACUCUCAUGUUCUUCAUGGAAUAGUCAAAAGAUGCCUCGUUAUAUUCAGAAGGAUGGUCUUGCUGACCGUACUCAGUCUUUCAUCCCUUAUGCUGUGGUUGAAAAUUCCUUUCUCUCAGGGCUUAAUCCUUUCGAGUGUUUUGCUCAUUCAGUGACAAAUCGAGAUAGCUCUUUCAGUGACAAUGCUGAAGUUCCUGGGACUUUGACACGAAAACUAACAUUUCUAAUGCGGGAUAUAUAUAAUGCAUAUGAUCGAACAGUGAGGAAUGCAUAUGGAAAUCAACUGGUUCAGUUUUCUUAUGAUACUGAUAGCCCCAUGAGCACCUCUAAUGAAUUGGAUGGUGAGAAUAAUAAUACAAAUCGUGAUAUCGGUGGUCAGCCUGUUGGUUCAUUGGCUGCUUGUGCCCUUUCAGAAGCUGCAUACAGUGCUUUGGACCAACCAAUUAGUCUACUUGAAACUUCUCCAUUGCUAAACCUUAAGAAAGUGCUGGAGUGUGGUUCAAAGAGGAAUAGUCCCAAACAAACAUUUUCCUUGUUCUUAUUGGAGAAACUUUCGAAACGAAGUUAUGGAUUCGAGUAUGGAGCUUUAGGAGUCAAGAACCAUUUAGAAAGAGUAAUCUUUAAAGAUAUUGUGUCUAGUGUUAUGAUUAUCUUCGCCCCAGAGCCCUCCCGGAAAAGACAUUUUAGUCCAUGGGUUUGCCACUUUCAUGUAUGCAAGGAAAUUUUGAAGAAAAGAAGAUUGAAAAUUAGUUCCGUCAUCCAUUCCCUUAAUAUGCGGUGCGACUCUGUGAGACAAGAAGCAAAAAUAAAUUUGCCCUUUUUGCACAUAUCUACCCAGGAUUGUUCUCUAGCUGAUUCAUCGAGAGAAGAUGGUGAUACCGUGUGCUUAACUGUUACAAUAGCUGAAAACACAAAAAACUCUUUCCUGCAAUUAGAUUUCAUUCAAGAUUUGCUGAUUCAUUUCCUUCUUGGUACAGUUAUAAGAGGCUUUGCUGAGAUUGACAAGGUAGAUAUUUCAUGGAAUGACCGACCAAAGGUACCAAAACCUCAUUGUAAAUCUCAUGGGGAGCUCUACUUGCGAGUGACCAUGUCGGGAGAAGGAAAUUCUAGAUUCUGGGCAACUCUUAUGAAUCAUUGCCUCCCGAUAAUGGAUUUGAUCGAUUGGUCUCGUAGUCAUCCAGAUAACAUCCAUAGUUUCUGCAUGGCAUAUGGAAUAGAUUCUGGAAGGAAUUACUUUCUCAACAGUUUGGAGUCUGCAACAUUGGAUAUCGGUAAAACAAUACGUCAUGAACAUUUGCUGCUCGUUGCAAAUACUCUUUCGGCUACCGGAGAGUUUGUUGGCUUAAAUGUUAAAGGAGUAUCACGGCAAAGGGAACAUGCUUUGGUCAAAACGCCCUUUAUGCAAGCUUGCUUCUCAAGUCCUGGUGCUUCCUUUGUUAAAGCUGCUAAGGCUGGAAUUAAGGACAGUCUUUCAGGAAGUCUAGACGCCUUGGCGUGGGGGAAAAUACCUUCUAUGGGAACCGGGGGACAGUUCGAUAUCCUUUACUCUGGGAAGGGGCACGAGCUUAAUAAGCCCGUCGAUGUUUAUAAUCUACUGGGUAGCCAAGGCAUUUGUGAGAAGCCGAACGUGAAGAUUGAAUCUCUUGAUAAAAACACUAUUUAUGAGAAAUAUAGUGCUGUAGUGCAUAAAAAUGGUGGCUCUACCAUUAAAGGACUUAAAAAGCUGGAUAGUGUUUCUAAAUCAAUUUUAAGGGAGUUCUUGACAUUGAAUGAUAUUCAGAAGCUGUCUCAUACAUUGAGAAGCAUUUUACGCAAGUAUUCUUUAAAUGAAAGAUUAAAUGAAGUGGACAAGUCAACUUUGAUGAUGGCUUUAUACUUUCAUCCUCAAAGGGAUGAAAAAAUUGGCGUUGGAGCUCAGGAUAUAAAGGUUGGUAGCCACUCAAAAUACUCAAAUACGCGUUGCUUCAUAUUGGUACGAUCAGACGGGACGACAGAAGAUUUCUCUUAUCACAAGUGUGUUUUAGGUGCGUUGGAGAUCAUUGCACCUCAUCGAGUGAAGGCAUAUCAGUCAAAAUGGAUGCAAGACAAGUUCGAGUGAUCUAUCUAUCAUGUACAUAUUCCGAAGCUCAGAUAUGUACAGUAUCCAGGUUUUGAAUCUAAACUAUCCUGAAGUUGUUGGGUGUUUGAACGCAGUUGAGUCGUCGUCUUUGACUUAGCCUAUUGUCUUUAUAUCGAGCAAUGCCGAAAAAAGGUAUUGGUUGUUGCUUUGCUGACCUGUUUCGCUAUUAGUAUUGAUGAAUUUUCACUUCGACUGUGACGGUGGUGGUUCAUCAGAUUUUGAAUAUGUAUACGCUGUUAUGAUCUCGCCGAUAGGUAGUAGUAUAGGAUGUAGAAUAUAUGUGAAGAGGAAGAGAGCUAGAUGAGCAGUUAACCAUUGUGUUUCUUUGUUUCUUUUUGUCAAUAAACAUAAUAAACUCUCAUCUGUAUAUUUGAAUUCCUGAGCUUCUUUUUGCUCCUUCUACUCUAACUUAUUUGCCUUCAAUAUAAGCACUAGGCAAAAAAGAUCUAGUGGAAGCAGCAAAGAGAAGCUCUUUCAGGUCUGUCUCUUCAUAAUGUAAUCUUCUUAAUCAUACAUUGAACAACUUAGUUUUCUCUA